AUGGUGCUCUCCAAGCCUCAGCUCGACUCCCUUCCGAACGAGCUCCUCUACCAGAUCCUCUCUUACCUCUCCGAAGACCCGCCGUCAAUUCGCCAAGUCCAUGAACCUCCCAGUCUGAAGAUCACCCGUUCCCACCGACGCAAUCUCAAACACCUCUCGUGCACCUCGUCUCGCUUCCUCAAGCUCGUGCGACCGCUGCUCUUCGCCCACGCGUGCUUUGACAUCGAGGAUACAGAACCAUUUCUUUCGUUCGUGAAGCGCUCCGGACUGAGCCGAAAUGUGGACUCGAUCGUGGUGCUCGUGCGCACGGCAUACCUCGCUUCCAAGGAGCAGCUCUUCUGGUGGCGUCGCGUGCUGAGCGACCUGGAUCCGCUGCGCAUUACCAUCGUCGCUGCACCGACUGUCGUCGGCGAGAUGGCCGCCACCAAGAUCAUGGAUGCGCACAGCUGGGCGUUUGAUAUCCCCUUUCAGAUCCUGCAACUGGAGCAGGACCCCCGGACGACGAGCAGCAGCAGCCGCAGCAGCCGCUUCACCUUCCCCGACCUGAGCGCUUGUCCCAGUUUCCUUCACGCGCGACGGUGGGACUCGCUCGUCUUCAACGAGUCAUCCUCGCUCAAGGCUUACAAUCACUACGAGUACUUUCUCUACCACAUUCCCUCGUUGCUAGAUACCUGGGGAACGCCAUCGACUGUGCCACCGCCGAUCGAGUCCUUCGACCCGCUCGCCUCCCUCCGGUAUCUAACCUCGUUCCACUACACGGCGGUCUUCCCCUUCUACAACCACAUCGGGGUAGUCCUCGACGUGGUAGAGCGGAUGAUGAUCAAUCUGCAAUCGCUCACCGUGCAGCUCGCGCCGGGCCCGAACAACCGCGUCAUCGAGGACGAGCAGAGAGGGUCCAUGGAUCCCAACGACCCCUGGAUGGAGCUCUCGACGGGGUACUCGCUCAUCGCGCAUACGGUCCGCGAUCUCGGUGCGCAGAGGACGCUCACGACGUUUCGGUCGUGCGACUACGACAUCGAGGCGCUCAGGUCGAAUCUCGCCGUCGUUGUGGACGACGUCCUCUCCGAUAGCGAGUGGCUGCACGACGGCCACGGAACGUGGACGAGGAUUGAGCGGCCAUUCCAACGAGCGGGAGACGCAUCUGUUGCGCAGUCCUAA